CAUUACGGACCUCACAAAAGCCACUGUAUUUUGGGCAGUGGGACUGUAAGCCACAUCCUUGAUGAAUUUUCCAAAUCUUUUGCAGCUGCAGGAAAGUCUACAUUUGUCAGGCUACUAGAGAAACACAGUGAUGAGUGGGAGGUAAUCCCUGAACCUAUUGCCAAGUGGUGCAACAUUCAGGCAGCUAAUGAGUAUGAGGAACUUUCAACAUCUCAGAAGAGUGGAGGAAAUCUACUGAAAAUGUUGUAUGAUAAACCCACAAGAUGGGCUUAUACAUUUCAGACUUAUGCUUGCUUGAGCCGUGUAAGGGCACAAUUAAAACCUGUCUCAGCCAAGCUGCAUGAAGCAGAAAACCCAGUGCAAUUUUUUGAGAGAUCCGUGUACAGUGACAGAUAUGUGUUUGCCUCCAAUCUGUUUGAAUCUGGAAACAUCAAUGAAACAGAGUGGGCUAUCUAUCAGGACUGGCACACGUGGCUUUUGAACCAGUUUGAAUCUGAUAUUGAAUUGGAUGGCAUGAUCUACCUAAGAACCACACCUCAGAAAUGCAUGGAAAGGCUACAGAUGAGGGGAAGAGAAGAAGAGCAAGGAAUUGAGCUUGAAUAUUUGGAAAACCUCCACUAUAAACAUGAAACCUGGCUUCAUGAAAGGGCUAUGAGGGUUGAUUUUGACAACCUUAAGGAGAUUCCCAUUCUGGUUUUGGAUGUUAACGAAGAUUUUAAGAAUGAUAAGAUUAAACAGGAGUACCUGAUGGAUAAGGUCAAGUCUUUUUUGACUUUUUAAAGAUUUGAAGAUCAGUGUGAAGGACCAGUCCCAGAAGUCCAAAAAGAGUUAAAUCUAAGACUGGUGUGUGCUUGGGCAAUUUACUUAAGCAAAAUGAAUGUAUUGUCUGUAUAGCCUAUUAAGGAUUUUCCUGAAAGGAGAAGUGCACAAAAUGCCUUUCUAUUUUUUGCUUGUCUGAACCAAGUAAUUUUGAUAGAAUUCUUUGUGUAGUUUAAAGGAAAAAAAAUUGGGUGCUUUAAAAAAAAAAGUACUUGACUUUGUGUAUACAGGUUGCUUUUUUAAUAAAAGUUUUUAAUCAUUUUAAUUUAAGAGCAGGCUCUAGCCCCGGAGGAGUUAACUGGUUAUCAAAGGCUAACAACCAAGUAACUGGAGAUAUCAGACACUGAGGCAGGGUUGUUUUGCAAUAGCUUGGCAUAGUUCACCAUUUUAAGACGAGACUGUUACAGCUUCCAGGAGCCUUUACUUUCAACUUCUGCUUUAUUGAAUUACUGCUUCCACAAAGUUUAUGCUAAUUACGUUUGAAAUGGAAGUUACCGCAGUCACAAGCGUUAGCAUUGUUACACCUAAAAUAAACUGUAAUUUAAAAGUGCCUUCUUUCCUCCC